UCUUCAACGCGAAAGUCAUCUUCUACCUCUAGAGUUCUAAAAUUCCCUGUCGCAAUAUUCCAUUUUCCUGCUUCUCAGUUUCUUCCCUAGGGUUUCAAAACCCUAAAUUCUCCGUAGGGCGCGUUCUUGUUCUUCAGAUUCUCAGUUCACGAUCCUAUUCCGUUUCUUUUUUAGGGCAAAAUGGAGAACGCAAUGGCAUAUCUUGGAGAGACGGGAACAAUCACAGAUACAGAUCUGGUGCGAGGAUGCUUUAGCCCAGAGGGUUCUCCGGAAUAUCAAUCUGCUUUUCCACUUUACCAACUCUGUAUUGAGACCUUCCCAAACGUGUUAGGCAUGAGACUCCUGCAGUUUUAUCUCAACAAUACCGAUAGGGAUCUCAGGAACAAAGCACUGCAACUUCUGUCCUUCUCCCUCUCAGAUAAACCCUUCUCUGCAUAUGCCCUUGCUGAUCUCAAGCCUCUACUUCUCUUAUGCCUCAGAGAGCACUCAAAUAUAGAAAAGAUUGAAGGAGAAGCGGAUUUGAGUCUCCUAAGGAACAUUGUCUACUCCGUGACAAUAUUACUGUACGAAAACGAUCUGACAUGGCCAGAGCUUUCAUAUUACCUUUGCGAUCUAGCCAACAGCGAGCCAUUGUUGGGUUUCUACAUUUUCCUUGACAUGUCAACAUCUUUGAAAUGGAACUUUCUGGUUCGCUUCUAUAGAGAGUUUAAAGAUGAAGCUAAGAACAUAGUAGCAAUGCCAGAACACCGUGGAUCCGAAGAAAUCGUUGCAGCCUUUGGCACUUUAGUCUACAUUGGUAUUCAACUAAGUCGUCAUCCGAAAUUAGACCAAGACUGCAUACAGAUUCUUGAUGAAAUUGGCGAUGCAACAAGAAACCUCUUGGAAGAUACAAGAGAGCUCUACAAAUCUACCAACGAGAUUGGUCGUCUUCUACAACGGAACAUCAAGGUCUACAAUAUCUUGCCAGCUCAGAAAGAAUUUGUAUUCGACGUUGCGUACAAAAUGAUACGGGUGACUCUACCAGUAAAAAACCAAGAAGCAGUCCUGAAUAUGCUUGCGCUUACAUUUCUGAGAUGAAAAAAGAGUUGCAGAGAGUGGAAGUAGAUAUUGAUGAGCGAGGAUUUGAAGAGCUCUGAAAUAAACCAGACUCAAAAAUAUUGGAGCUUUCUUGUUGUGAACUCUGAAAAAAGCACUGGUCUUUCUUUUUAAUUACUUGGAUUUGACUUUUCUUUGAUCCAACAUAUGAGGAUUGUGGAUGUACAAAGUACAAUAGGAUCAGCUGUUUCAAAAAGAUUGUAUCCGUCCAAUGUGUGAAUUGCAAACCUGAGAUUCAGUUAACUGGCAAUUAAAGCGCAGGGUAGUCUUGAUUUCUG